CUAUCGUUAUCGCCACUGCCAACAGUGUGGCACAAAGGCGACGUUAUUCCAUCGAGUUUUGUGGUUUUUUUCACUAAAUCGCUGUUUUUAGCCUUCCGUGUUGCUGCCGGUUUGCGGUGCUCGUAGCCGCGGUACCCAAGGUGUCACGAUUAAUGGUCCGCGAUGGUCGAGUUCACCCACGACAUCGAAUCGGAACUGAUUGCUCUCGUUGAAGAACGGCCGUGCCUGUGGAACUCCAAAGACAUUCAUUAUCACAACAGGCAUGUCAAGGAGAUGGCGAUGCGAGAAAUCACCGAACAAUUGGGACACGGAUUCACAGAGUCUAUGGUGAAGUCCAAGUGGGCCAAUCUGCGCUCCCAGUUUCAACGAGAGGUGCGCAAGAUCAAGGAGUCUGCGCAAGGUGGCCACCCACUGGACCGCUACAUGCCUAAGUGGGCCCACUACCAGCAACUGCAGUUUCUUCGGCAGGAUGACACUCCAGAGUCCCCCAGUGGCUAUUCGUGUCCUCCUGAGCAGCAGCAUGACAACAGCAUGCAGCGCAGUUCCCACGACCAGCAACUGCAGCUCCUUCGGAAGGAUGACACUCCCAAGUCCCCUGGCUACACGUGUUAUUUCGAGCAACAGCAUGAUAACAGCACGGAUCACAGCCUUUCGGAAGCACAUCAACCUUGUGAGCCCGCACCGACCAUCCCCCUAAAGCGAAAGUGCUACAGUGACAAUGGUGGGGCAGGAACCAGCAGCGUCGGUAGCUUCCCAAUGGGCCGGUACCGACGAGAGUCACCCCCGGAGGAACCUACUGGCUCAACAGCCGUUGUGGUAUCACCAACGGUCGGCGCAUGCCGUGCUUUUGGUCUCAUGAUGGAGAACUGUGUCAGUGAUAUUCCCGAGGGCCCCAAUAGGGACCUGGCAAUGCUGGUCGCGUACCAAGCCCUUGUGAGGUUCAAGCUCACACUCAAUGGCCACGGCAGCGAUGUAGUAGACAUCACGCUUGCCGAACUCUUCAGGACUUGAAUGUGUCAACCAGCUGGCCCUGUGUGCUGCACACAACUGCCUAAACUGGUGUUGUUGUUGUUGUUGUUGUACAGUGGAGCAAUCGUAAAUCCACUGCUCUUUGUGUUAGCAGUGGUUGAUACAAGGAUGGAUGUGCGUCCUAGUUGACGGUUUUUCGGAGGGUGAACUUUGUGGGCCAGUUGUUGGGUUUUCCUUUAUGUUUGGAAAUGGUUGCUGGUGUGUGCAUUGAAUCUGUGGUGUAUAGAGGUGGAUCGUGUGUUGUCUAAAUGAAAAGAGAGACCGGUCUGCAUUGGUGGCAUAUGCUAAGCAUAUAGCGAUGCUUGUUAAUUGUUUUUCUGUGCGUGUCGUCACCACUGCCUCUCACUGGCUAAGUGCUUAUCGAGAUUCAAUGAAGUGUAAAGUAUUGUACAUUUUUCGCUAAUGAAAUGCUAAAGUACUAAGGUUAAAUUUACUUUUAAUAAAAAUUAAAACUAAAACAUUCUGGCAUUCAUGUGCAUUCACUCAGUUUGUUGCUGAUGACUGGUGGAUGUGCAGGAUAAGACUACCACUCCUGCACCAUUUAGUAUGUGUAUUGUUCACUUCAUUUUUUUUUAAUUUGUUCUCAUCAUCGUGUAUAUCACAUAUAUAAGACACAAACUUUCGCGUGAAGAAAGCCGACACAUUGUGCAUUAUUUGUUAUUUUAUUCAGAUGCAUGGCUUCUUCUGGAGCCUGUUGCUGCAUCUCAGCUUUAAUCGGAAAUUCAUGCACGAGGAUGUGAGAAUUGGACAGUGGUGGUGAAAUCACACAUGCCACCAGUCUUUUACAUUAAAAAUGCCUAUUCUCCUUAUUUUGCUGAACUGCAUGUACAAACUAGAAAGGGUGUUCAUACACAGCAAGUGUUGCCCUGGGACACAAAAGAAAAGCUGCACAGAGAUGUACCACUGCAACCAUAAUAUUGACUUCACAAAUGUUAAGUUGACAGCUACCGGUUCUACUUGGCAAAAACAAGUUUGAGCGCAGUAAAAAAAGCACAUCAUUGGUGGCCCUGAUGCACGAUGCCCCUGUAACCUGCAUUCAUUUCAUUCCUUAUGUAUGCAUAUUGUGCGCUUUUAGACAUAACGUUUAGCCCAUGGAAACGGGGCAUUCGUGUAAUAAUGGUUUGCUGUUUUUCAAAACCUUCCAUCCUUGCUGCAGCUGUUGAAAACAUUGUCUCAUUGCGCGGCCCCUUGAGCAAAAUAUGGCAGGCGAAUGAAGGGGUACAAAGCCCACUUGACUAGCGAUAUCAUGUUACGACCUCGUCAUGUGACGUCACAGAUCUCCAAAAUUUAUGACGUCACAUUGGUCCCGGAGGGAGUGCAGCAACUCCAGGGGGGAGGGACUGAGGAGGUGAUUUAAGUGCGUGUCUCUCUCGCAGUAAAUGUGGUUUUACUCUUGUACUUACUGAAACUUUAAACAUGAAAGACCAACGGUAUCAUGCCGGGCUUCAGUCAUGCACGUUUAUUGACGUGUCUGGCUUAUGCUUCAACUGCUGGUCAUAGUAACGUGGUUGCCAUGAAAAGGGUUCAAACAAAGCAGUGACAUCUUUAUGCUCCUCCGUAUCCACUCUAGUAAUCCAAUGAGUAGGAAGUCUGUGGUAGCACUAAGGGCACACCUUAUCACUGCUCAUUCUUUUGUAAUGGUGCUCGGGGACAUGUGCUGAGAAUUGGCACACAUAUGAGGCAUUUGCAUGUGUCUGUAUUAUUCCCUCAUUCUGUAUUCAUGCAUAUGUGAUUUGUGCUACAGACUAUGUAAACUUGCCCAACUAUGGUUGUUCUCGUUCAGACACAUAACUACACAAAACAGCAGCGUAAAAUGAGCUGACAUGGCCAGCAGCAUUGCUUGAUGCUUAACAGGGACGCGCACUUGUUGAUCAUUGUCUUUAACAAAAAAAAAAAGUCACAGUUUCGCCGCAACGGCGAAGCAAUGAAUCCGAUAGCAAUAAAUUGGAACGUAACGCGAAGAACGGAAAGCAGCUCGAAAUUGUCAGCGCGUCGCUCGAGCCCAGAGGACGCACGAAAAGAAUGCACACAGGACGAGCGCGAACUAUCAUGCGUCACAGCUCGACACUGGAAGCGCACUGCUCAAACAUAAAGCAGGACGCACGAAACGAACGAAUAGGUACACACAGGACGAGCGCGAACUGUCACAGUUGUUACUUAUUUCUGUUUGAACAGCGCGCUCCUUUCGCAAACGCGGCUGCUGCGAAGUGACCUUCGUACGCUCUGUGGCUUCAGCGCGGACAUCGCGGGGAAAGGACAAGACAUACAACCGCCCGCUCCACCCCCCAGUCCCCCCCGGCCGCCCCCUUCUUUCC